CUGCUUUCGAACCCAGAUCGAGCACGGGAUUAUGUCGCUGGCGGUUCGCUCUUUUUGCACCUUUUGAGCUUGUUUGUCAACCCCGAAAUUCGACUAUCUUUUAUUUCUGUCUUUCACAUCGCUCUUCAUCUCGUUACAUUCUAUACACCUAUUUAAUUUACACAAGCAAUCUCGACAAAGCCGCUAAAUGGAGUUUGAGGACGUUUUAACAAACCAGCCGGUGGUCAUUGACAAUCACCUGCGAAUGAUGGCUGGCGCAGUGGAGGGCGACCACUUUAUCGGGCGACAGGCUGAGGAGCUGCGGGGGCUACUCAAGGUCAGCUACCCACUGGAGCACGGCGUCGUGACAGACUGGGAGGACAUGGAGAAAAUCUGGUCGUACAUCUACAACGAUGAGCUAAAGACACUCUCGGAAGAGCACCCGGUGCUUCUUACUGAGGCACCGCUCAACCCGUCGGCCAACCGGGAGCAGGCCGCGCAGAUAUUCUUCGAGACCUUCAACGUGCCAGCCUUCUACACGUCGAUCCAGGCUGUGCUCAGCCUGUACGCAUCGGGCCGCACUACCGGCGUGGUACUGGACUCGGGCGACGGCGUGUCGCAUGCUGUGCCGGUGUUUGAAGGCUUUGCGCUACCGCAUGCUAUUCGCCGCAUGGACGUGGCCGGGAGGGACGUCACUGAGUAUCUGCAAGUGCUGCUGCAGAAGGCUGGGUACAACCUUUAUACAUCGGCGGAGAAGGAGAUUGUGCGCCAGGUCAAGGAGAAGAUCUGCUAUGUGGCGCUGGACGCAGCCAAGGAGGAGAAGGACAUGGGGUCGGUGAGCGGCGGCGGUGAUGGAAGAGCCCGCAGUGAUUACCCCGGCGUGCACCAAAUUGUCGCCGACUCUAUCAGCCGGGCUGACAUUGAUUUGCGCCGCUCGCUCUAUGCCAACAUUGUUUUGUCUGGCGGCACGACGCUGACCAGGGGCUUUGGCGACCGGCUUUUGGCCGAGCUGCGGAAGCAGGCUGUCAAGGAUUGCAAGAUCAAGAUCUCCGCGCCGCCUGAGCGCAAGUACUCGACGUGGAUUGGUGGUUCGAUUUUGGCGUCGCUGAGCACGUUCAAGAAGAUGUGGAUCUCGGCUGAAGAGUACCAGGAAGACCCAGACAUUAUCCACAGAAAGUUCUUUUAAUUUUUAAAAAAAAUGUUAAAGGUGUGUUUUGCUUUCUUUUGUUUAACAAAUGCU